AUGAUGGAUUUGAUGUGGUUAAUUGCCUUACUUCUUGGAGCUGCACUUGGAUAUUACAUCAGUACUCUACGACAAUCUCGCCGCAUCUUUGUCUCUUCCAAAUCUAUCGGCAUAAGUGCGGAUUCUAGCGGAAAUAAGAAGACUAAGACUAAGGAACCCCUUGAGGUUUUGGUAGUGAGGAAUGAUCUUAGAAUGGGUAAAGGGAAGAUUGCAGCUCAAUGCAGUCAUGCAACAUUAGGGUUAUACAAAAAGCUCGUUCAACGGGCGCCAAAAGCCUUAAACAGAUGGGAAUACUGUGCUCAGCCAAAAGUUGUUGUCAAAAUCGAGAGUGAGGAAGAGAUGCUAGUUUUGCAAUCCCUUAAACUGCCAACGCAUAUCAUCAUUGAUGCCGGAAAAACACAGAUCGCUCCGAAUUCAAGGACAGUAAUGGCUCUUCUUGGACCGGUGGAUCUUGUUGAUGAUGUAACAGGGGGACUAAAGCUUAUGUAA